GUUACGGUAUGUUUAUCCAGUCAUCUGUCGGCCGCUGUUUGAUCAAUAUGACAGAGGUGGACCACAACUGGGGAGAUGGAAUCAAAUUUUACUUGAGCAAUUUGACGAUCUUUGACUUCCGUAUGAAGUUCCCACCUGCAAAAUCAUUCUGUGCUUCAGCCAACAGCCCGGAAAUGACCUUUCCUUUCUACCAGCACAUGGACUUAGUACAGGUUAAUGGGAAUGACCGUACGUCGGAGGCUAUUGGCGGAAAUUGUGACAGGGUGUUUACUACUGCGGCCAACAUGAAAAUCACUCUUCACUUUAUGAUAGUUGAGCGUGACCCUGACCCAGCUGUCACCGGCAAGUUUAUCAUUAGAGAUGGCCUGCUUGGCACCAGCAGAACUAUCAUUAUCAACAAUGGAACUUUCCCACAAUCCAUCACCACGAAAAGUAAUACCCUGAACAUCCAGUUCCAGUACACUGUGCCCCAUAAUCUAAUCUGCAAGACCUUCCCACCAUGCAUCCGUUUUUUGUUGGAAUUUACAUCCGGCUUUGAUGUGGAGGAAGAGUUCCGACUACUGAUGUCAAAUGUCCAUGACAACAUUGGCUAUGGCGUGAAUAUUCAAGAUAUGCGCAGUAAAGUGCGCAUCAGCAAUGAAACAGUUAUAUCUAAUAACCAGUUUGGGGCGGGAGUGCUGGUAUACAAAGGUGCUGGCGAUAUUGUUAUCAACGGAACUCGUCUAGAGAAUAAUUCAGACGCAGGUGUUAAUAUUACGUAUUCGGGAGGGUACCAGCUGAUAAAUGGCACACAGUUCAUUAGAAACAAAGGUUACGGGAUUAUCACAGAGUACAUGAAGCUCAAUCACACACGUAUUGAAUCACAAAAUAAAAUUGAAUUUGUCAGAACCAAAUUUAUGUGGAAUGAAAUGAUUGGAUUACGAAUGGGAAACUACUGUCGUGGUGGAGAUAUUUUGAUUAACGAGAGUUAUUUUGCCUAUAACUAUGACGAGGCUAUUGAGUAUCUGUCCUGCAAUAUAAGCACACCAUAUAAGACAAAGUUUCGACUGGAAUUUAACAUUUUCAAUGACAACUUCAGACAUGCUCUUCUCAUGAGGCCAUUGCUGAACACCGAUGGAAUUAUCACCAACAACACUUUUGCAAACCACUCCCUUAGCACGUUGAAAAUCGACAAUGGUUAUGAUCUUUUGAUAAGCAGAUAUUACCGAGACUUCCCUGUGACUUUUAAAAUAUUUGAAAAUGUGUUUGAGAAUAAUAUGGGCCGCUAUGUGGUCAAUAUUCGCUUAACACAGUAUAGUGCCACACAAAAUCUUUACUGCAAGUUUAAUCACUUUCUGCGGAAUGAGAUAAAUGAUUCAUUCCCAUUUCUGAACCCGAGGAGCCGAGCCAAUGCUGUAAUAGUGUUGUCAUCCAGUAACAUCCAGUUUCGGCGAAACAACAUUAACAACCCAGGCUCUUUAAGAGAAGUGGCAACACAUUUGGUAGAUCCAUCGGUGGCAAUUGAUGCAACAGAAAAUUACUGGGGAACUGAGAUCAACAGACAAGCAGAUUAUGAGAACGUUUACAAGUCUAUUUUUGAUCAGGAUGACCGAUACAAUCUGGCAUUGAUCACCUAUCACCCUGCACUGAAGACAAUUCGGCUGUAUGAGAAUUACCUCUCGGACGAUGUCCCAGCUUAUGUGUGGCAGUUCUACAGAGGCAAUGUCAUUGGUGGCAUACUUGAGAACACUUUUGUUUGCGGUCAAGGCAAAACCCUCUACGUGGACCGAGAUAUCUAUGUUUUCCCUGAUAAGACUUUGCUGAUGGAGGCAGGAUGCAAAUUGAAGUUUUUGCCAUCCGUCGGGAUGGUAGUUCAUGGAGUGUUGCGUGCAGACGGCGUCCGCAGGGAAACACCUUUGAUAUUUGACAUCGAUGACCGGGAAGAAUUUAUACCAGUGGAGAACCGCACAGCCACUGUUCGACUGAUGAAUGGUACUGAUGAGUUUGAAGGUCGUCUUGAGGUGGAGAUCAAUGGCGUCUGGGGGACAGUUUGUAGAGAUGGGUGGAUCGUGGAGAACUCAUUGCUUGCUUGUCAGCAGUUGGGUCUUGUAUAUAACCCAGAAUACCCAACAGCAAGGUUGCAGACACCUGCUCCGACUGGAACUCCCAUUCUGAUGAGCUGGGUGUCAUGUGACGAUGUCGAUGUUGACUUGACUCAGUGCCGAUCUGUCAACAUUGAUGCUGCGACAUGCGAUCAUUCUAAAGAUGUCUACUUGAGGUGUCAGUUGCCAACUUGGUCGGGCAUCACCCUGGCUGCUGCAUACAAAACUGACCAGGUCCAACCAGUCCAGUCCGAGUCUCAAAUCCGAUUUGCUGAGUUGAACAAUGCCGGACUUCUUGACCCAGAUACUGGGGAACUAACUCCAGCUCUCCGCAUCGACUACAACUACUAUCAAAUUUCAUGGUUGACUGUGCGGAAUUCAAUGUCAGAUGGAAUCCUAAUUUCAUACAAUCAUCCAUACACUCUGAAUAAAAUGGAGUACAUUACGGUGCUCAAUAGUGCCAGAAAUGGCAUUGUUACCAGGUCCCCAAAGCUGGAGGUGAUGCAUUCUAGGUUGGAUGGCAACCAGAUGGCAGGAUUCUUGUAUGAUCCAUUCUUUACCGAGUAUGAUGCUCUGUUAAUACGUAACACAAUCUACCCUCAAAGACGUAUUGAUAUGUUCGGCAAGCCUCUGAUAACACUGCAGCCUGACCAGCUUAUGUUUCUGAUAUGCCCAGCAGGACAGUCAAAAGUAGUGAAGGAUUACUUUGUGGAGAUACAAUCCUCGUCAGUGGUUUAUAAAGUGGUGGUGCAGAUCCUAGAUUAUCUGCCGAUUGAAAGUGCAGAGAAGGUCAUCAUCUAUGACUCAGACCUGUCACACAUCAAUGCAUCAAACACCAAGAGGUGGCAGAUUGAGAAGGAUCUUGUGGAUUUCCCCAUUCUGUCCAGUUUCAGCGUGGUCACCAUCCAUUUGAAAGUCAAUGGCCAGUUGUCAGGAAGGCUGGCAUUUGCAGUGAUACGUGAUACUGACAAACCAGACUUGAGGACUGCUGUGACCAACACAACUUUCAACUACAACAAAAAUGGAGUUGUCACCAAGCACUACAACAAUCCUUCCAACAAACGGCUGGAGUUGUUCUUUAGACACAAGGAGGAGACCAUCUUCACUCAGUAUACCAUGCAUAUGCCUAGUGUGACCAAGUUCACAGAUGACUACAUCCCAACAUACGAAGACAUGACCCGACCCGAGCGUGUCGCAGUUAUCAACUACACCGUCUUCCAGUGUGAGUUCAGGGACAAUGCCAUGGGAAUUUUGGCUGAACACAAUCAUGUAGACUUUGCCAAUAAUGUUUGGAAAUGGAGACUGGACCAUGUAACAGUUCAAGGAACAAAAACAGGAGGGUUGGAGAUCGAAGUUCCCCGUGUCAAUGAUUUUACUGAGAAGGAAACCCACGCAGUUACUGUUGUAGUUACCAUUUUUCAGAAUAAUAACAAUUUUGCAUUUACAAUUGCUGGCUAUUACACUGUGAUAAAGGUAGAAAAUAAUGCUUUCUUGAACAACGUCUGCCGUCUAGGCCUCAUUUCUAUCACAGGGAUGGAGAAAAACAUGACUGUUAACGGUAAUCGGAUUCAAGACAAUAUCUGUCGUUAUAUGGUGGAUAUUAACGUCAUUAGCCACUCUGAAUAUUUUUCUUCAGUUAUGGGCCAAAUGGAUUUGAAUGACAUCAGUAAUAAUCGUUACGAAGGGGAGAUGCCUCCUGGUUCCGACAACAGCCCCAAGACUUACGCAGUAGCUGUGAGAGGGUUACAGAACUUGGAGGUCAAUUUCAAUUUAUUCAGAAACCCUCAGCUUGAUUAUGAACUCGUUGCUGGUAUCACAUCAAUUUUACUAGGGAGCUCAAUGAAUGCCACGCGUAAUUUUUGGGGUUUUACAGACCAGCCGAACAUUCGUAGAAGGAUUUUUGAUUUUGAUGAUUGGAAUAACUAUGCUAUUGCCGAGUACUUUCCUUACCUGUCUGUAGCAGACCCAAACUCUGUGCCUACAACUGGAAUCAGGGAAGAAUUCUAUCUGGACCCAAAUCAACUUGGUGGUAGAGUGGAGAAGUCUCAGGUUUUGGCAGAAAUUGGUCGACCUUAUAUUGUCACAUCUGAUCUGACAGUGAUGCCAGGUGUCACUCUGACAAUCACAGGAGGGACGGAGCUACAGUUUAUGCCAGAUGUAGGCAUCCUUGUUCUUGGUCGUUUAGUGGCAAAUGGUCUUCCAAACAGUCGAAUAAAAUUUCAACCUUUGCUGCCAUCAAACAAUCCCAAGUUUUCUCUGAGAAGACGGGAUGUGUCCCUUGACAGGGAGAAACGUGAAUCUGUUAAUACAACGGUUCGUCUCCUAGGUGAUGGCACUCUGUUUAAGGAUGCAGGAUUUUUGGAAAUGUACAAUUCCUCUACCAAAAACUGGAACAUGAUGUGUGAUAGUCAGUUUCAUGAGAAAACGGCCGAAGUCGUCUGCCGACAGCUGGGUAAAGAAGUAAUUAAUGUCAAGGUCAGAUUCACCCACCUCUACGAUUACUACAUCUACGGCAAACCCAUGUACUCUCGCAAAGAAUUUUGGUACUAUUCCUAUUAUUGUCGAGGCGAUGAAACUUCUCUUAGCCAGUGUAUCACUCGCUACAAUUACAACUUGCUUGACUGUGUCUAUGCCGCUAAUUAUACAUUCAUCACAUGUGGUGACAGAAACCUUGACUCUAAUCUGCAAUACUGGGGAAAUAUUCGCUUUGCCAUGGACUCCUACGAAGAGCAGCCUCUGGAGAAGGAUAUUGGGAUUGAUCGUUCCUCACUGACCUAUGUUGACAUUCACGGUGCUGGAAUGUUACAUGGGGAAAAGGUCGGUGCCGUUCAGUCCACCUAUGUUACCCCCAUUUUCAACAAUAUUAACAUCUCUAAUUGUGCUGAAAAUGGCUACGACAUUAUUGCACCCAGGCAAAAUUUGGACGUGCAGCUACAAAAUAUAUCUGGCAAUCUAGGCUUUGGCGUAAACAUCCUUGUUUUAAAUGGGGAAUCCAGCAUACAUCGCUCAUCCUUUCAACCGUCUGGUCCAAAUACAAUGCCAUAUUCUGUCCAUGGACUUGUGGAUAUGUGCAGACUAGAAAAGGAAAUUCAAGUAGAAACCAGAUUGAUCCUGUUUUACAAGUAUGGACCAUAUACGAGAGACUGCGUCAAAAUAAUCAGAUCAAAGCGAACUGUUGGCCUGCGAUUUUUGCAAGUAAAUCUGUUCCAAGAAGACUUUUCGCGAAACAGCAUUGAAAUCUAUGAUGGAGAAACUGCCACCGCUCCUCACAUCGGACGGAUUGUUGCCAACAGCAGCACUGACGACAUGCAGCAGCUGUACCAAACCACCGGCAGUGUCAUGGCCGUGCAUAUCCACGCGUCUGUCAGUUUUGGGAGCUUUGGUUUCAUUGCUGAAGUGGUGAAGCUUCCUCUGUCUGGGUUGACAUAUCCAAAUAGUGAUUAUCGACACAACAUUCAGCAGUGUGAGAUUCGUUACAAUCAAGAUGGAGCUCUACAGUACAAAACUGUCGGAGAAACCACCCCCUCCCUGUACAUUGAACAUUGUUGGAUGGGGGACAAUGGCUAUCCUAUUUUGAACCUGACAUCUCCACCAUCUAUUGACAUCUCCUUGCAAAGCAUUAUUAAUUUUCGAUUUUCACACAACCAGGUGUCCUAUAACAAGGGAGGCAUGUACCUGUAUGCAUACACCAGCUCGCUGAAUACAGCCCUGAAAGGAAAUUUUACCAACAAUGUUUUUGCUUUUGGCAAAAAUGGAGAAGCCUUGAACAUUUCUGGCCAUUAUUUCCAGCAUCUGAUGUUUUUCCAGAACUAUGUUUACAAUUAUACGGCAGGCGAUUACCGGGAUGUUAUUCACAUCAAGGAUGUGUUAGUGAACCUCACACACAACUAUAUCGUUAGGAAUCUCGGACACUACAUCAUUCAUACCUAUGACAGUGAUGAUAGUACAGACACCCAAAUCUUUGCUCGUAACGGCAUUUAUAACAACAACGCCACAGCACUGAGAGAAGCCACCAUCAAAAUUGGCCAGGGAAUGCCAAAGUUUGUGAACAAUUUUUUUGUCAAUCCAUUGAAUGAUUUUGAAAUCGCAACUUAUCCAAAACCAUCGCCUAAUACACAGCCUAUUGACGCUAAAAGCAACUGGUGGGGCUCUGAACGGGAAGCUUACAUCAGUGGGAAAACAUACGACUCCUCUGAUGAUAGCUCACUUGUUGAGGUGGAGUUCUGGCCUCCAGUUCUGGAUAACAGAACUCUUGUAGAAGGAAACUGUUUGCCUGGUUGGGUUUUUGAUCAGAAGCGAUGUUACCGAUACAUGGGCGGUGCUCUGCCCUUUGAACAAGCUAAACAGUUCUGUCAGUCGCAUGGGGCAUUUCUGGCAGAGUCCCGUGAUCGAGAAGACUUCUUCAACUAUUUGAUUCGACUGAUGGUGAUUCAGCCUGACUGGACACAGAGAGUUUGGGUAAUGGCUGAUGUCGGCUUAGGUCGGUGUUCUGCUUUUGAGCUAAGCUACGUUGUAUACGAAGAGGAAUGUACCCGCCGGUAUUACCCCUUUAUCUGUGAAACAGAUCCGCAAGUGUCUGCCCCCACAGAGCUUGAAUCAGCAGUCCAGGCAAUGAUUAUCGGCAUCACAGUUGGGGUUGGAGGAAUCAUUAUCAUCAUUAUUGCUAUCAUUGUUAUCCUCUGGUGCAUCAAAUCCAAGCGACGAGAGAAAGAAAGAUUUGAGCGAACAGCUUCCAUUAGGUCUUCUAUCAGCAACAUGGCAAAACUAAAUGGUUCUCUGAGAGGAACAAAGUCAACUGUCACUAUCCUGUCAGGUGGCGCUGCCAGGCAGAGAUUAGAUGACCUGGAGGAAAGAUCUGUAGUAUCUUCCUGCGGAAAGAACUCCCAGAAUUCCAUUGUCAGCAAUGGUACAAGCAGAAGUGAACAGAAUAUUAGUUCCAGGUUUAGGAGAAACCAGAAUCAGGACUCUACAGAUGCAGUAGCUAUAGCAGCGAAGGGCAGGCCCCAUAACCUGCGACCGGAAAAGAUAGGCACAGAUGGUAGGAAUCUUACAGCAACAAGAAAUGUGGAGAGUGGUAUGCUGAAUGUUAAGGACAGACAGAGAGAAGACGAAAACAGGAGAGGUGCAUAUGGAGGGGAUAAUGUUGGAGAGGGAAAUAAAUUGGGUAGUUAUAGAAGGGAUAAUGUUGGUGAGGGAAAUAGAGUUGGUACAUUAGGAAGAGAUAAUGUUGGAGAGGAGAAUAAAACGGGUACUUAUGGAAGGGAUAAUGUUGGAGAGGGAAAUAGAGUGGGUUCCUUACGAAGGGAUAAUGUUGGAGAGGAGAAUAAAAUUAGUACUUAUAGAAGGUAUAAUGUUGGAGAGAUAGAUAGAAUGGGUUCCAAUACAAGAGAUAUUGGAGAGGUAAAUAAUAGAGUUGGUACUUUAAGAAGAGUUUCCAAUAUUGGAGAGGAAAAUAGAAUUGGUACAUAUAGAAGAGAUAAUGUUAUAGAGGGAAAUAGAAUGGGUACUUAUAGAAGAGAUGACGGAGAGGAAAAUAAAAGAGGUGUGGCCAACAGAAAUGCUGUUGAAAAUAGCACCAAGAAUGAACCAGAUGCAAAUGUUAAUAACUGUGAUGAAGAUUCAGAUGAUAAAGACAGUUUUAUUUCCGAUAGUACAUUUGAUGAUGUUGAUGAAGAGGAGAAUGACGGAUAUCUUCAAGCACCUGCCCUUGACAUUGAUGCUAUUAAUAUGCAGUACAACAUUGACAGAUCAAAUGAGCAGCUGUUUCAGAGACCUAUGGCUCCAUCAAAAACUGGAAUAGACUCUUUGAUUGACGUCAGUCAGAAUGAUGAGAAUGAUUUCACAGAAAAUCCUUACAGAAACAGACCCGUGCCCAGCCUGAGAAAUCCAGUGAAAACCCCAAGUAAUAAUGCUGUGUUCCCUCAGAGAACCAUCCAAAGAGAGGACCUUCCUACACCUCCUCCAGAUCCCAGAAACUUUCAGUUCCGACCUGAGCCAAAUAAACACACUGGGAAGCCUUUACUAGCACCAAAACCUCGCCUCCUUGGAAGAACAAAAGCCAGUGGGAGUCGAGAACAUUUGUCUUCUGCUCGUUCAGAAAGUACUGACUCCCAGUACACUGCAACAUUUAUGCUUCCGUCGCCUCAGAAUGAGGACAUAGAUAAUCAUGAUGUGUAUGACGAGGAUAGUAAUGAUCAUAUAUACAGUAAUCAGUUAGAGCUUCAGAUCAAUCAUCCAGUAAAUGACACAAGACCGAAAGGAAGCAUUAGCAAUUUAUAUCUUACUGAACCACAACCACUGUCUCAGAGGUCAGAACAUGACCCAGACCUGCACAGUAGAUCUCAAGCCAACAGGAAUGCCAGAAGUCCUCAUGAAGCUUCCAGAAGUUCUGUGUAUAGUUUUCUGAAUGAUAAUCAUAGUCCACAAAACACUCAGGGAGAUACAUCAUAUCACUCACAACCAUAUACUGCUCAUCCAACUGAUCUCAGCCAUUCCACUGACAGGUAUGAAAAUAUCGACUACAGCUUGGCCAGAGAUAACUUGUAUGGUGUCGACCAGCAGCCAGAUUUGGAUUAUCUCCCUCGAGAUCUUCAUAACCAAUCUGCAGGUUACAGGAUGACCUCUCCGUCACAUUCGUCUUUGUCCGAUCCAACGAAUUAUCACGACUCACAACUUCCUCAAGAUCUUCAUAAUCAAUCUAAUGGUUACAGAAUGACCUCGCCAUCACAUUCACCACUGUCUGAUCCAACAAACUAUCAUGACUCACAACUUCCUCGAGAUCUUUAUAAUCAAUCUGAAGGUUACAGAAUGACCUCUCCAUCACAUUCAUCGCUGUCUAAUCCAAUCAGCAGUCACGGCUCACAACCUACAGAUUCCAGCUUGCUGCCAUCUGUUGAAGCAAAUGUUGACUACAUGCCCAGACGGGACAAUUCUGUGGUCAGUAACAGGUUUCUGAACUCUGUUUCUCAGUACCAGAGAGAAGAAAUGUCACCUCAUGAAAGUGUGUCUUCAUAUGACAGCAAUAACUCCCGCCCUCCUCCAUAUUCAUUAGGACAUACUUUCCAGUCUGCUCAAUCACCCAACCGUGAUAGACUGAACCAGACGGGUGAGAGCAGACGACUUGGGAAUCCCCCGCCAUAUUCUCCUGGUGGAAAACUUAUGCCAAAACGCCAUGGCGGCAGUAAGGAUGUCUUGUAUUUACCUCAGGAAAAUAGAUCUAGGAGUCAGUCUUACGAAACCGAAAUAUAA